CGGCCGCAGUCGAAAGCCGCGCGGGGUGACGUGGUACCAACACCCCCGGUGGAAUUCUCCUUUCUCUCGCGGAAGAACGGCCCGGGAGCGCGAGAGAAAGAGAGAGAUGGGGAGGGAAGGAGAGUGAAAAAGAGAGCAUCGGCCACCGCACACGUCGAGCCAUCGCCGAGCCUUCGUGCCAAAGGCAAACACCAUCCCGACCAGUCCAACCUCGAUACGCCUUCGCCAAUGAUAAGAUAAAGGAAUACGAAUGUUGGAGACGUGAAGGGAGGACAUCGUAAGGACACGUGUUAAAUGCACAAACAAGAUAACAAUAGAACACACAGAUGACCGCCUGUUAUGAGUCUCCAGAGGUGAACAUUAUUUUAAGUAGGGAAGAGAUACACAGGAGAUAUCAAGACACUGCGAUGGUGAUAUUUAAAGAGCUGCAGAGUAGAAGGAAGGAAGUCAACUAUCUCAGUUUCGGGGACAGCCGCAGGACGAUGGAGUACAGCAGUAACGGAAAUCAACCCGUCAUUAUACGCAAACCCGUAGAUUCGGUGAUUAGAGAGAAUGUUCACUUAUCCUCGCAGAUAUUAAAAGCCGGGAGGAAAUUGUAUGAUAAUUUAAUGAACAAAACACGUUCCAAUUAAUUAUUAGCUCAAUAAAUUUGUUUGUUCGCUCCGA